AUGAAGUUCGCCGCCCUCGUCUCCGCCCUCACGCUCCUCGCCUCCGCCGCAUCUGCCGCGACCUGCUACGACUGCAACUACAGGUCCGUCGACCCGAACCGCUGCAGCAGCUGCGCGAGCUCGCAGGUACCUUAUGGGAACAACCAGCGCUGCGUGGCAUGCACCUCCCCCUGCCUGGAGACCAGCGACUACGCCGGUGCGAGAAUCUACGACUGCUGA